GUGUGUGUGGCAAUUGUGAAAGCCAUCUGCUUGUCACUUUUGACUGGAGCGAGUCAGGGACAGAGAAGUGGUCUUAGCAGCUGCAUCCUGUGGCUGAGGAGGAAAGGAUGAAGAAGGCAGGGAUCCCAGGCAUGCGGGGCUCCAGAGAGUCUAAGUCUUCAGCUCUUUGGUGUUAGCAAACUUCCCUCAGCUGGCAGGGACUGCAUUCCAUUGCUAUCGGCUGAGGAGAGGACCUGAUCAUCCUGGGCUGGUCCUCCGUGGAAAAGCCAUGUGAGGAGGUGGCUGUGAUUGAGACAAGCUGUGUCUGGAGGUUUUUCCGGCACUGCUGGAAUUUUUGUAGUUGGAUCAUCACCACUGGGGCAGCAGAAGGAAUUUGGGGCUCUGAGCCUGAAGACUCCGAGUUCUAGUUCUGCAUCUGCCACAGAUUCGCUGUGUCACUUUGGGUGUGAUACAACCUCUCAACAGUUCAAGGAGUGUUUACCCAAAGCUUUCUUCAGGGGAGGCACCGUGCUAGGCCUUGGCCCUCGGCAAACCCAGGCAGAGUUGGUGGGGGAGGCCAGGGUGUUGGUGGUGGAGGUGGUGACUUUCCGAGGCAGCCAGCACUUCUUUGGCCCCUUGUCCAGAAGAUCUGGGGGGCAGAAACAGGAACAGUGGAGGGAAGUCUCAGAGAGACAACUCAAGGCUGGAUGUCAGGAAGCACUUCCUGAUGAUCGAGCUGUCCCAAAGAGGAAUGAGAUGCCUUGGAAGGCAGUGAGUCCUCCUUCCUUGGAGGCUUCAGGCACAGACCGGAUGAUCACUUGCCAGGUUGGGGCAUAGCUGCUUCUCAUCAGUAUCUUUCAGAAUCCUCUUCCUUCAAGGCUGAGCUCAGAUGCUUCUUCCUCCAUGUUGUGUUUGCUGAUCUGUCCCCCCCAGCAGCUUUCUUGAACUGCUCUUCCUGCACUCAGCAUGGGCUUCAUCAGCUGGUUUCCUCUGCUAGCUAAACAAUAAAUACAGGCCUCUUCAGAACCUUCGUCUCCUUAAGAAUGGGGCCUGGGGAAGGACAUGGAGGAAGAUGAUGGGGUCACAGGAUCACGGUUUUAGAUCUGGGAUGAAUCUCGGAGUCCAAUUGCCUCAUUUGACAGAUGGAGGAACUGAGACCAAGGAAGAUCAAGUCACUUGCUGAAAGUCACACUGAACAAUUGCCCUGCCUGACAGAAAUCGGAGAUGGGGAUGACCCUGGGACGAGGCAGCGAGAGCUAUUUCAGAGUCUCAGACUUUGGGCUUCCUCUGUUCCAGAUUCCACAUUAAGACUUACCCUUAUACUUUGAACCUCAAAGAAAAUGGCCACCGAUGAUUACAACUUCACUGACGGCUACUACGACUAUGAAGGCGAUGGGUUUGUCAUAGCACCGGAAGAGUCAAGCCCCAAUGAUGAUGGGGUGGCCAGGAUCUUCCUGGUGGUGGUCUACAGCUUAGUCUGCUUUCUGGGACUCUUGGGGAAUGGUCUGGUCAUUGUGAUCACCGCCUUCAAGAUGAAAAAAACUGUAAACACUGUCUGGUUUCUCAACCUAGCUGUGGCAGACUUUUUAUUCAAUGUCUUCCUCCCAAUUCACAUCGUCAAUGCUGCCAUGGACUACCACUGGGUUUUUGGGAAGGUCAUGUGCAAGAUCAGCCACUUUGUAGUGGUCUACAACAUGUACACCAGCGUCUUCCUACUUACCACCAUCAGCUUUGACCGCUGCAUCUCUGUUGUCUUCCCGGUGUGGUCCCAGAACCAUCGGAGCGUCCGGCUAGCUUCCAUUGCAUGUGCAGCCAUCUGGACCCUAGCCUUCUUCUUGGGCUCCCCGUUCUUGGUUUUCCGGGACACCACUGUGCACCAGGGCAAAAUUGUCUGCUUCAACAACUUCAGCCUGUUGGCCAAUGUCUCCCACCCUUACCAUUUCCAUUUGGCCCAGGACUCGGUUGCCUACGUGAGGCAUGUGAUGGUGACCGUCACCCGAUUCCUGUGUGGAUUCAUUCUCCCGGUGUGCAUCAUCACAGUGUGCUAUCUCAUCAUUGUCUGCAAGCUGAAGCGCAACAGGUUGGCCAAAUCCAAGAAGCCAUUUAAAAUCAUCGUGACCAUCAUCAUCACCUUUUUCCUCUGCUGGUGUCCUUACCAUACCCUGUACUUGCUGGAGCUCCACCACACCGCCGUGCCAGCUUCUGUGUUCAGUCUGGGGCUACCCUUGGCCACAGCCCUUGCCAUCUCCAACAGCUGCAUGAACCCCAUUCUGUACGUCUUCAUGGGCCAGGAUUUCAAGAAGUUCAAGGUGACUAUCUUCUCCAGGCUGGUUAAUGCCUUGAGUGAGGACACAACUGCCCACUCCUCCUUCAUGAGUCAUAGGAGUAUCACUAAGAUGUCCUCUGUGAAUGAAAGGUCCUCUGUGAAUGAGAGGGAGACAGGCAUGCUCUGAGUGUCACCUCAGGACCGCCCCCCCCAGUGUCCACAGAGACAGGCACCUCCUUUUGGCUUUGGCUCAACUGGGAAACUUUCAAACUGUCUAAAGCCAGGGCAAGAAUAUAUCUGGCUACCACAUUUCCACCAAGGUUGUUGAAUCACUGUUAGCUGGUGGCUAAAUUUGAAGAGAGAAGUGAAAGACAUUUUGAGAUAGGUCCCAAGGGGAUGGAAUUAAGCUCCAUGAAUUCAGGGCAUUCACUGUCAGGCUUUUUAUCUUGUCUCACCUCUCUGUGGCCUAUGAGCUAAUAUAGUGGAUUAAAGAAACUUGUCAUGCUGAACAUGAGCUGGUAAUUAUCUUAAGAAUGUCAACAUGAAAGGGGACUUGGAGAUCAUCUUUACGAGGUGGGGAAAGUGAGGCCCAAUGAGGCCAUGUGCCUGGCCCAAGGUCAUUUGAUGGCAAAACCAGGACUCGAACUCAGAUCUGUCCAAGUCACAGACAUUGCCUGCCCAUGAAUACACCCCCUUUGGGGGAUGAUGAGUUUUCUUCUAGCCUUGAAUGAAGAAGGGGCCAAAGAAAGAAUGAGGACAUUCUCAGAGAGAAGGCUCUACAAAGCUCACUAUGGGAUUUGACUGAGUGUUUUAAAUGCUUCCAGGGAUGGGAUCCUAUUCAGGGCCAUGAUGAGGAAUAUAUUUGGUCACUCUCUCCUAGGGAGUGACCCAAUGAUUUUAUCCCUAGCACUGGCCUAUGUGUAGGCAGCUUAGCCUAUGUUAAAGGCACCAUCCUCCCUCACCCCCCACCCCCAGCUUAAACACUGCCUCAAAUUUAGAAAGCAGAAUGUAAGCUCCUGAGGGCGAGAUUUGUUCUAUUUUUGUUUUUGUCUCCCUAGCACUUGACACAGUGCCUGGCGCAUUUUAAAUGUUUGAGGAAUGUUUGUUGAAUUGAAUUAUUCCAUCAGAGCCGUAGAAUCUCCGGUGGUUGAUAGGGACUUAGUAUUUAGGAGGACAGGAUUUUAGAGCUGGUAAGGACCAACCUUCAUUAAUUCAUCAAACCCAUCAAGUUCAACCACCUAAUUUGUUUACAAAUAAGGAAACUGAAGUCCAUUGACUUGCCCAAGGUCACACUGGUGGUAAGUUGCAGAACCAGGUCUUUUAACUCCAAACCCAAGACUUUUACCACUAUGCCAUACAAUCUCCUAGUCCAAUCUAGACUACUUAAUCUAAUCCAUUCUUCAACACUCUAACAAAUAAGAAUCCUCCUUUGGGUUAAGGCUUUGCUUCUAGAAUACCCCUGUUGACCAUGGAUAUAUUUCCUGGUUGGGGUAGCAUAAUAGUCCAGGGGCACCCUUUGUCAUGGCAGUGUAGAUGGAUUUUAUUUUUGUAAGGCAGUUGGGGUUAAGUGACUUGCCCAGGGUCACACAGCUAGUGAGUGUCAAGUGUCUGAAGCUGGAUUUGAACUCAGGUCCUCUUGACUCCAAGGCCGGAGCUCUGUUGUAGACUGAUUUCUUAGAUUAGUUUGAAGUGUAGAGAACAGAUCACAGAAUGACAGGAUCUGGGAUGAUGGUGGUGGGCACACCUGUGCUGGUGGGGGGAGGGGAAAGGAAUAGAUGAGAACCUUAGGACCUAUCUCUCAAGAGUCACGGUGGGGUCCCACAGUGGAGGGGGCACCUGUAGUAGUGUUAGGGGUCUGGGUGAAGAGAGUUUUGGGGUAAACACUGAGAGAGGGUUGAAGGUGCUGCAGGGAUUGUGAGAGAGCAUGAAAAGUAACUUUGUCAAGCCCCCAAUUUAGCUGUGGGCUGGCUCUGCUUCCUGCAUCCAGAGCCUGGGUAUCUGGUCCUGCAGGGUCUUUUCCUGCAAUGAGGAGGUCACAGAACCACUGAGAAGUCAUCUGCAACCUAUGCGUUAUUGAGAAUCCCCUCUGUAAUAUUUAGGACAAAUGGCCAAUUUGCUUGAAGAACUGCAGGGAUGGGGAGUCCCCCAGCUCCUGAAGCAGCCCAUUCCACUUUGUGACACCUCUCCCACUUCACUCAUUGACUCAACUCUCUGCACUUCUUUUCCCCCUCCUCCCCACCUCUCUGCCACCCCCACUUUCCAGUUCCCUGAUAGGUGUUAUCUUCCUGUCCCAUGAUUGUCCUUAGCGCCCUCUUCUGGAUGCCUUCCAACUUAUCUGUGUUUCUUAAAAUGAGAUGCACAGCUCUGCUGAGCAUAUUAACCAUUCACCUGCAGGGUUUGAGCCUGACAGCUAAUGCACAGCCCCCACAUUGCCUCAAAUAACCAUUGCUCACACCCCUGCUGACUCAGUGACUUACUCCCUGCCUCACAUCUCCUCAAAAUAACCCAGCUUCCUUUUCUUCCCCUCCUUUGGCUGCUUAAAAAUCUCAACUUGGGACUCAGACUGGUUAGAGAAAAAGCUGAAAACUUUUGACAAACAGGAAGGGAAACUAUUGGGAAUAAUCCACCAAGAAGUGACAGAUCAUAGAUUCAAAAUGGGAAAGGACUUCAGCAACCAUGUAGCCCAACGCCCCAUUUUACAGAUGAGGAAACUGAGGCCCAGGGAUGUGACUUUCCUAAAGUUACACAGCUAGUAAGUAUCAAAGGAAGAAAUCAGUGACAUACUGCUCUCUUGCUCUUGCCCUGGACUCAAAAGCUGGUUGUCACAAAUUUACUCCCAUAUGGAGGGUCAUAUUUUGUGUACUGAUAACUGCACAAAGUCAAGAGACCAAAAGAGCGUAUCCCUUCUUUUAGAUGAACAAGAGGACAUGGAUAAGUCUCACAGGAUGGGCAGGUGCAGAUGGGUCGCUAUCUUCAUCAUGGCAGGGGCCACAUGUAUUACUGAAUAUUGGAAUGGUUAUAGUUUGAAAGACUCAGAGAUGACUGAAAUUGGAAGAAAAUACAGAAACUCUCUAACCCAAUCUUUUCAUUUUAUGGAUAAGGAAAUAGAAGCCUAAAGAGAAGUGACCUGCUCAAGGUUACAUGAUUAGUUAGCAGAGCUGGGAAUCCAACCAAGGUGUUCUGACUCCUAAUCACCAUCACAGAACGUUGAAACUGGAAAGGCCCUCCGGGAUCAUCGAGACCACAUUACAGCCAGGGAGAACAAGAAAAUUGUCUACUUUUUACUAAUAAAUCAUGAUUGCUUAUCAACCCCAAAUUAAUUUUGUAUUGACUUUGCAAUUAGUUUAAAAAACCAUUAGACCUAAUGAAGAAAAUCCAUUUAGGUGACAGUUUCCUUUCUCUAUGCUUGUGGCAAACCGAAGCCCACACUUCUAUACAUUACUAUUCCUCUUACUUAAAGACAGCAGAGUGUUAUGAAAAAGUAUCCUGGACAGGGCUUUGGAGGGACCUGGGUUCAAAUCCUAUCUCAGGCAAGUGAUCAGUGAUGAGACCUAAGGAAAAUUGCUUAUUCUCGGGGGCCUCAGUCUCCAUCUUGGUCAAAUGAUAAUGAUAAUGAUGCCUGGGAGGCUCCAGUAAGAAAGAAGGCUGUAGAAUAUAUCACAAACUUUAAAGAGUCCUAGAAAAAUCUUCUCCCUACCUCAUUCCUUGAAGAGACCUCAACACCUUUGGAAGCUGGUGAAUGGGAACAGAAGGGACCCUGACUUGGGAGGCAGGUGAACAUGUUGUGUGACCUCGGGCAAUUUAAUAAUUCAAUAACCAUUUAUAAAUAAUGUCAAUAAAUCUACAAAUAAUUGCAAUACACAAUAAUUCAAUAAACAUUUAU